UAUAUGUAAGCACGGAUGUGGGUAUUUUCCGAUCACUCUGCAUGUAGAGGAUAUGAAAGCCUUUGAUCCAAAUAAAGCAUAUGUUUUUGGGUAUGAGCCACAUUCAGUUUUUCCAAUUGGUAGUGUUGUAUUGUCGGACCUGGUAGGUUUUAUGCAGUUUCCCAGAAUGAAGGUCCUUGCAAGUAACGCUGUGUUCUAUAUACCUUUGUUGAGACAAAUGUGGACAUGGAUGGGACUUACACCUGCAACCCGGAAAAACUUUGUCUCCCUCUUGUCAUCGGGUUACAGCUGCUUAAUAAUCCCUGGAGGAGUGCAAGAGUGCCUCUAUAUGGAGCAUGGUUCUGAGAUUGCGUUUGUGAAAUCAAGACGAGGAUUUGUACGUAUAGCUAUGGAGGUAGGAUGUCCCUUAGUUCCUGUUUACUGCUUUGGCCAGUCAAACACUUACAAAUGGUGGAAGCCUAGGGGAAAACUGUAUGCUAAAAUUGCAAGAGCUCUUAAAUUCACCCCCAUGAUGUACUGGGGUGUUUGGGGGUCACAUGUUCCUUUCCCUCAACCAAUGCAUGUGGUUGUUGGGAAACCAAUUCUUAUCAAGAAGAAUCCACAACCCUCCAUGGAAGAGGUGAAUGAAGUACUUGACCAAUACAUAAAAGAACUUACAAAACUGUUUGAGACCCAUAAAGUCAGGCUUGGCUAUGGAGAUCUUCACUUGAAAAUUCUGUGAUUAUGUA